CGGUGGCUUCCGCCUUCCCGCCUUCGCCUGUGGGCGGUGUUGUGGGAGGAGCGGAGCCGGGUAAAGGUGGGAGCGGCGUUUGCAGGGUGCUGCCGCGGAGAUGGUGUCGCUGCUACCGCGCAUCGAGCGGCUCUCGUCGCGGGUGGUGCGGGUGCUGGGCUGCAACCCGGGGCCCAUGACUCUGCAGGGCACCAACACCUACCUGGUGGGCACCGGGCCCAGAAGAGUCCUUAUCGACACUGGGGAGCCAGCUACUCCUGAAUAUAUUGGCUGUUUAAAGCAGGCACUGUCAGAGUUCAACAUCUCAAUUCAAGAAAUUUUAGUCACCCACUGGCAUAUUGAUCAUAGUGGUGGAAUACCUGAUAUCUGCAAAAACAUCCCUAGUGACUCUGCAUAUCGCAUCUGUAAGCUUCCUCGUGUCCCUUACAAUGAAGAAAUAAUAGAAGAAGGGCAUAAAUAUUUUUAUCUUAAAGAGGGAGAUGUGAUACAGACAGAGGGAGCCACACUCAGGGUUUUAUAUACACCUGGACACACUGAUGAUCAUAUGGCUUUACAUCUAGAAGAAGAAAAUGCUGUAUUUUCCGGUGACUGUAUUUUAGGGGAAGGAACAACAAUAAUUGAAGACCUCUAUGAUUACAUGAAAAGUUUGCAAAAAUUGUUAGAAAUGAAACUAGACUUAUUGUACCCAGGUCAUGGCCCAGUAGUACGUAAUGCAAAUGACAGAAUCCAAGGCUACAUUUCUCACCGAAUUGCACGUGAACAGCAAAUCCUAAAAGUUUUCCAGAAGAAUACUGGAAAAUUAUUUACAUCCUCGGAGCUUGUAAAGAUGGUAUACCAGGAGGUCCCUGAAAAUUUACUUCCAGCAGCAGAAAUUAACCUCGUAGUCCACUUGCGGAAGUUGGAAAAAGAAGGAAAAGUGUUACAUGAGGUGUUUCCCAGCUCCAGAUGGAGAAGCAGUUUGCAGCGAAGAACAUGAGAGGGUGCAACUCAAGAGAAUUCUGUUUUCCAUGCUGAGGCAAAUGCCUGAUGUUCUCAUGGGCAAAAUCAGGGAAAUUGCAGUUUAACCAGGCUUGUCAUUAAUGGUCAUGUAUGGUGUCUCUGGAAUAUUAAAAGAAGAGGUUGCACUGUUACUAAGAUGUAUAUACAAUAAAGGAUACUUAUGUCAGCUAGGA